CGUGAUACAGACCUGGGAAGAGCCAAGUGCAAUCUCUCAGUCCUUUAAUGAUUAAAUGUGAGUGUGAUCUUCGCCCCCUCCGUGUGAGUGAGAGAGCUGAGUGCCCGCUCGCUGCCCAUUAUCCGCUGCUCCUUCCUGGUCGUCUGUGGGUCCCGGCGCGUGCCAUGCUGUGUGGAACCAUGAUACGGGGGGCAGUGCUGCUGGCAUGGGUGCUGUGUGUGGGUGCCGCCCCGCAGGAUUUAAUGGACGUCUGUAUGGAUGGGAAGCACCAGAAGGUUGAACCGGGGAAGGAAGAUGCUUUACAUGGGCAGUGCACCCCCUGGAAGGACAAAUCCUGCUGCACAGCGAAUACCAGUCAGGAGGCCCAUAAUGACCAGUCCUACCUGUACAACUUCAACUGGGACCAUUGCGGCAUCAUGGCCCCCGCCUGCAAGACCCACUUCAUCCAGGACACCUGCUUCUACGAGUGCUCCCCAAACCUGGGGCCCUGGAUCCAGAAGGUCGACAGCUCGUGGAGGAAGGAGCGGAUCCUGGACGUCCCUCUGUGCCGGGAGGACUGUGACGGUUGGUACAACGACUGCAAACUGGAAUAUACCUGCAUGGAAAACUGGCACAAGGGCUGGAACUGGACCUCGGGAACCAACCAGUGCCCAAAUGGAACCAAGUGCCGCCGGGUGUUUGAGGUGUUUCCCAGCGCCGCCGAUUUCUGUGAGAAGAUUUGGAGCAAUUCGUACAAAUACAGUGAUGAGCGUCGGGGCAGCGGGCGGUGCAUGCAGCUCUGGUUCAACGCGACCAAUGGCAACCCCAACGUGGCCGUGGCAAAGCACUACGCCGGCAUCCCCAGCUCUGCCAGGAACCCCCGGAUUGGGCUGCUGCUCCUGGCGCCUCUCAGCCUGGCACCUCUCAGCCUGGCAUGGGCUGUAUAAGGGGGGGUCCCAGCCCUCAUGUACUAAAGCAUCAGCUCCGCCCCCUUGUCUGCCAACUGGGUCUCAAUAUGGCGUCCGCCCUGCGCCAUUAGUUUGCAGGUAGGUAGUGAAGUUCUGAUGGAAACCCAUUGCCUACAAACCAGCGACAUGGCCAAUGUACUUGUAUCACUCCUAAAAUACAGAUGGCAGCUCCUUUGGACCGUUACUAAGGGGUCCCCUUAGUAACACGGCCACUUCCCACUCCAGUAACCCAUGGGACCUGCUUUCCAUUUCUCUACCUCUGCGGGACCAGUUAAAGCUGAUUGGUUGGUCUGGAUAAUUGGGGGUGGAGCAAAACUUAAGACCCUUGGACUCCCAGCGCCUCAUGGUGCUUCUUCCCCUGGAAAUGUCUCAUUGCUUUAUGCACCCGGCGUAACAACAUAGGGAGCUGCACUGCUGUGACCCGACUCCGUAUAACUCACUAUAUCACAUGGGGAGAUCCCUGCGCCUCUAUGUGCCCCGGGCCCAACCCAAUAAAGUUCUGGGUGGGAAAACCAUAAAA